ACCUGUCCCAGUUGGGUACGACUCUGCCCCCGCCGCCUCUCAGGUCCCCUCAGGGUGAAGCGGCACAUGGUCUGGUCCGGAGGGGACCCCGGCGCGCGCGGAGACUCCGGGGACUGAAGGGCGGCGUGCGCGCGCAUGCGCGGAGGCGCGGUGUGGGGGCGGGAGCCGCGCAGCCCCUUCCCCGAGUCGGUGAAGACCGUUGCUAGGAAGAACUCUGGGCAUGAUGUCAACACCUUGCAUGUGAUGAUGGCUCAACUCUUAAGAUCUCGUCUGAUAAACGCUGCGAUGAUUCGUAAUCGAAUGAACAUGCUCCCAUCUCUUGGAGUCGUUGGAAACAGAAUGAUGUCAACUCAUAAGUCACCAAAGAAGAUGAGAGAAUAUUACAGGCGGCUGAAUCUGGAAGAAGGAUGCUCUGCAGACGAUGUCAGGGAAUCUUUUCGGAAGCUCGCCAAGCAAUACCACCCAGACAGUGGCUCUCCUACAGCGGAUUCUGCAACGUUCAUAAAGAUCGAAGAAGCAUACAGGAACGUGCUUUCCCACGUGACGCAGCAAACGAACGCCCGGCAGAAGAAAGUGGAAGACGCAGAGGAUGAGGAAGAAAACUCCAAAUAUAAAGCACCCCAACACAGGCAUUACUUAAGUUUCGAAGGUAUUGGUUUUGGAACUCCAAGUCAACGAGAGAAGCAAUACAGGCAGUUUAGAGCAGACCGUGCCGCUGAGCAAGUGAUGGAAUAUCAAAAGCAGAAGCUGCAUAGCCAGUACUUCCCUGAAAGCUUAACUGUCAAAGAUGUGAGACAGACUAAAGAACAAAAGAUCACUCAAGCCAUUGAGCGGUUAGUGGAGGAUCUCAUCCAGGAGUCAAUGGCAAGAGGAGACUUCGAUAACCUCAGUGGGAAAGGAAAGCCUCUACAGAAGUUUUCCGGCUGUUCAUAUAUUGAUCCCAUGACUCACAACCUGAACAGAAUAUUGAUAGAUAACGGAUACCAACCAGAAUGGAUCCUAAUGCAAAAGGAAAUAAAGGGUACUAUUGACCAACUCCGAGAGUCCAUUGUGGUGUCCAGGAAAAAACUGGGGAAUCCCAUGACGCCCACUGAACAGAAACAGUGGAACCAAGUUUGUGAGCAGUUUCAAGAAGACAUCAGAAAACUAAACAAGCGAGUGAACGAUUUUAAUUUGAUUGUUCCCCUCCUCACCAGGCAGAAAGUCCAUUUUGAUGCGCAGAAAGAAAUCGCGAGAGCCCAGGAAGUAUACGAGACCUUUAUCAAAUCCACGGAGGCCACAGAGAAAAACCCAGACAACAUUGAUCAGGGCGAAGGGGAGAAAGCGCCUGGAGUCAAGACAGGGUUUUUCAGCUGGAGGAAUAUGUGGCAGUUCAUUAAAGCCUGACCAUUUCCACGCGCACGGCCCCGCCCCAAGUCCUUUCAGCUGUGCUGACAUCAGACAGAGAGGCCGGGGCGUAUGGCCGUCACACAGGAGUUUGAGAACUGUGUGCUGUACUUUUCACAAAACCGACCACGGCUCUGCUGAUGUGUGAGGAGAAAGCUGGGAGAGACUGUCACAGAAAUGCCACCCAGCUUUGCUCUGGGUGAGAAGGAAAGAAGAGACGCUCUAAGAAAUCAAUUUAAUCCAUUGCCAAGUGUAAUCGCCAGUCAUCAGGUGAGAUGCGCUAGGACAGGGACUUGGGCUGCGAAUCAUAAAGGGCGUUCCAGAUGUCGUGGUGCAGAUUUAAUCUCUAAUAACUUCAAACCAGUUGCCAUUUGCCAUCUUCAAACACAGGCACUUCAACAACAACAACAAACCAAAAACAUCAAACGUCAUAAACCUCAACAAGCAUGUAGACAGCUGGGUUAUCAAAGCUCAAAACUGCUGUAAGACUUUGGGACACUCGGGCGGAAACGUUAAGAUGAGGACAGCACCCUCUGGAGUCACUGUUUUUCUUUAUAAAGGUCUGUGGGCACUGAAUUUUAAAAGUAUAUCUGGGUUGUACUUUUUCCUGACCAACUUCACCAUCCAUUGGCUGCAGAAAUGGCCCGGCCACGCUGGUGACUUAGCUAUUCUAGAAACAGACCCCUGGGUCCACUGUCAGAGCUUUCAGUGCAUGUUCUGGUCUCCAGGAGUGGAAAGCCCUUGGGCUCAAUGGGAACCUAAGAUUUCACUUCUGGCUUCAUCUCUCCUCAGAGAUUGAAAUGAUAGGUUUACAUAAACGUCCCUGAGGUGUGUCUCUGUCAUAUAUGGGACUCCCCAGAGCCUUUGUCAGCCACGUGAAAACCUCCGUUUCCUGCCUUAGGGCUCGAAUUUCCUGUCUUAGGAACCCUUCAGUGAACAGACAAUAUGCCUGAAUGUACCUUUGGCAAAUGACACGGAGUUUGACCUUCGUGAGAUGGUUGUGUCCCGUCCACUUUAAGAAAAUCUGACUUUCUGAGGUGUAAGUGCUCUGGCCACAGAAUUGGGCAACCCGAGGGUCUGGGGCGUGGUCACAAGGAGCAGGUCAUGUCCUCGCCUACCCCACAGCGCUGCGUUCUGGAUGCGGUGCAGAGCGUGGCGCGGGCCGCCUCCUGUGUGAACAACAGCUGUUCCGUAAAACGUGAUCGUUAAAACAAAACUACGUCUUCAAAAGGAAAUUCAGACCUUUUUGCUUAGAGAUGGGGCAUUGAUUGCUAUAGGAUGUGACUGUUUUAUUGAUGAGUUGUUUGGCUUCUAGAAUGAUAGCAUUACUCUAAACAAAAUGGUGGACAGUACAACAUACAGCUUUAUAAAAUUUCCAGAACAUUUAAAAGGCGAUGAUUCUGUUAGUCUUGCGAAUAAGGGAAUUCAAUGUGUGACACCCAAUUGCAUUGAAGGAACAUAUAGCAAGGAAACCAUUUUCAAUAUUGGAUAAUGGGAAGGUGAAAUGAUAAAAAAAACUCUGGUAAAUCCUUAAUUUCAGCACAGCACACUUUAUGUUUGUAAAUGUUAAUAAAGUUAAUUUUAAUGAUUA